CUUGGUACUGUCAAAAAUCUAAUUGUAUUAUAGGAGACCGGUUUCCAUAAAUCGAAGCAAGAUUUUUAUUAAUUUCCGUCUAGUAUUACGGUACGACCCUAUUUUACUGGUUAGGUACUCGGUGAGAAAAAUGAUAAUAAACCCGUCCUAGUGCGUAAAACCCCCGAGCACGUUGCUACUAUAAAUUCAGAGGCCGAUUCCAUUUUUGGUCAUAAUUGUUCGGGUUUAAGUGCUUCUGAUAAGUGUGUAAAUUUGGAACGACAAUGUUGAAGACUGUAGUAAUAUUCGCAUUUUUGGGAGCGUCAAUAAGAGCUAGUCCACUUUUAGAACAUUACCCUGCACCACUAGCUUUAGCGCACGCCCCUGCUGUAGCUGUGAGACCGCCAGAGCCCUACAAUGCCCAUCCACAAUAUAAAUUCGAAUACGGGAUCAGCGAUGCCCACACUGGCGACCAGAAAACCCAACAGGAAGUCCGCGACGGCGACGUGGUGAAGGGCAGCUACUCCCUGAUAGAACCAGACGGUUCCCGCAGAACCGUGGACUACACCGCCGAUCCCGUCAACGGUUUCAACGCCGUGGUCAAGAAAGAGCCCUUGCAUCACGUGACGCACGCCGCCACUGCUCCCGUGGCCAUAGCGCACGCGCCAGCUCCCUUGGCUAUAGCGCACGCCCCCGCUCCAAUACCUCGCUUAGCUUACGCGCCGGCUCCGGCGCCACUGGCCAUCGCCCACCACGCCCCCUAUGAGUUUGCUCACACUCCAGCUUUUACCUACGCGCACGCCCCUGCCUAUUUCGCCCCACAUCCCGCCCCCGUCACGUACGCCCAUGCUCCGCUGGCGUAUGGUGGCGCCAUCAGUCAUCACACUCAAACUAUCCUCCACUGAUAAUGAGAAAAUGAAGGCUCGAAACGUUUACUGAAGAAUACCAGUUUGAUAUUAA